AAAUAGCUGGUUUCCCUUAAAAGAUAGUGCUUGGGUUCAAAUUGCCUUUUUCAGUUGCAUUCAAUUUCAAGUGCUCGUUCUAGGUGUCGCUGCAGACCGCAUCUGAGCUCUUAACCAAAGAACCAUGUGAUCACGUGACUCGAAGGGAGGCUGCGUCUCAAGGCCAUUUUCAAAUUCCAUUGGUUUGGCUGUCAUGUGGUAGUGCAGUGGCAUCGUGAAUUACACGGGGAUUGUUUUGCUAGAUAUGUCAGCCUAUAAAGGACAUCUCUCUCUUCUUUAAAAUCCUCUUCAAAAUGUCCUUUCCCAACAGCUCUCCUGCUGCUAAUACCUUUCUAGUUGACUCUUUGAUCGGUGCCUGCAGAGGUGAUAGCUUCUAUUCCAGCAGCAGUAUGUACAUGCCGUCCAGCACAGAAAUGGGAACUUAUGGAAUGCAAACCUGUGGACUACUGCCGUCUCUUGGUAAAAGGGGAGAACUUAACCACCAGAGCAUGGGCAUGAAUGUUCAUUCUUAUGUACCUCAGAUAGAUAACUGGGCAGAUCCGACCAGAGCGUGCAGAAUAGAACAACCCGCUACCCAACAGAUGCCCACUUGCACUUUUGCAACUAAUAUAAAAGAAGAAAUAACUUGCUGUAUGUAUUCUGACAAGAGAGCAAAGGUCAGCUCUUCUGAAAUUCCCGCCUACGCGAGCCUGAUACCCGAAUCCUGCCCUGUUGAUAAUCCCGAAGUCCCUGUCCCGGGGUAUUUUAGGCUGAGCCAGACCUACGCAUCCGGGAAAACACAAGAGUGCAGACACGCUUCAGAAACGAGUUCAAGCACAAUUCUGCAGCUAACUCGAAUUCAUUCCAAAUCUUCUCAUGCUGAAGCGGAAAAGAAAAUAAUUGAAAUUCCCAGUGCCCGAGAUUCAUCCAGGACAGCCCACCCUGUAGAAAGCGUAGAACGAAAGUCGAGCUCGCAAGAAGAAAAUAACUGCUCUGACGAAGCCUCUGACUCCAGUCCAGAAGUACCAGACAAGGAAGCGAAAGAAUGCAAAACAAAUAAACCAACAAGCAACUGGCUAACUGCAAAGAGCGGUCGAAAGAAAAGGUGCCCCUAUACCAAACACCAAACACUGGAAUUAGAAAAGGAGUUUUUAUUCAACAUGUACCUUACUCGAGAGCGCCGUCUAGAGAUCAGCCAAAGUGUGAACCUCACCGACAGACAGGUCAAGAUUUGGUUUCAAAACCGCAGAAUGAAGCUGAAAAAGAUGAGCAGGGAGAACCGAAUCCGGGAACUAACCGCGAAUUUGACCUUCUCGUGAGCACAAACGGGCACAUUCAAGCUGUAAACCAUCAGAGGUGCAUUGGGGACUAAAACAAUAUUUGUGUUUUU